AUUAUGGACCCGAGCUCACUACUGUACAAACGAGUAGCCCGAUCGGUAGCAAGGAGCAAGGCAAUCCUAGUCACUGCUGGAGCAGGGAUCAGCAUCGACUCAGGUCUUCCAGAUUUCAGAAUCAAAGAAGGUCUCUGGGAAGCAUAUCCUUACUUCAAGAACACUAACAUGACCUUCAUGGAUGCAGCUAAUCCGAGGUUUUUCAAAACAAAGCUGAAGGAGUUUUGGUUUUUCUAUGGGCAUAGGUAUAAUUUAUAUCAAGAUCAUUUGCCUCAUUCAGGAUAUUCAGCAUUACUAGAAAUCUGUGAGAAAUACUUGGGCAACAAAUACCAUGUGUACACAAGUAAUGUAGACGGCCACUUUCAAAAAGCAGGGUUCAGCCAAAGGAAGAUUACUGAGUGCAAUGGGAGUAUUAAUCAUUUCCAGUGUGAUAGCUGUAGGAUAAUAUAUCUCGUACCGCACAGGGCAAGAUUUGAGCUGAAUAUCAAGAAUUUCACUUGUAAAUAAACCUCCAAAAUGCACCUACUGAUCAGAACCUGUCAGACCUAACGUCCUGAUGUUCAAUGACUCAGACUGGAUUGCAUGCAGGACUACCAAACAAGAGGAGAAUUAUAAAAAAUUCAUAUCUGAAAACUCCAAAGAUGGAAUUACCAUAAUUGAAAUAGGAGCUGGAACUGUCAUUCCUACUAUUAGAGCAAGAAGUGAGGCUAUUUUCAGUGAUACCUCUGGCCCAAGAACUCUCAUCAGGAUCAACCCUGAUCCUUCAACCCAUUGUGCUUAUGCUCAAACUCACUGCAUUGUCACUGAAGAAAAUAUCGAUGAAAAUCUUGAAGAAAUAUAUCAAAAUGAAAUUUUUGAGAUUAAGGAAUCAUCGAAACCCGCACUCAAGAAGAUCCAUGAAGCAGUAAAAGAUCUUUUCUAAACGGUCAAUUUCUUUCCUGAAA